AUGGCUGCAGCGGGCCUGCGUGGCCGUCGUCUGGCGCGUAGGUGGCGAAAGACGACUCUGCGCCAGAGGUUCCAUUGGAUGAAGGGCAACGCUGUACGGCUGUUCGCCCGGUUCAGCAAGUUUGUCUAUAGGCUGGCGAAGAAGUACAAAUGGGCAGCGCUCUCGAUCGGAGUCGUUGCCUUGAUCCUGAUCCUCCGUUACGGAGUUCAGCCCGGUCAGUGA